ACAAUUUGUAAUUAUAUAUGUGUUUUCCGAUGGUCUUAGGCGACCCCUGUGAAAGGGUUGUUCGACCCCCAAAGGGGUCUCGACCCACAAGUUGAGAACCGCUGGGUUAUGGCUUGAAGUGAAUUAAUAGUAAUUCUUUUAGGAGUUUAAGGAGUAGUAGUUGAGUUUAAGAUAGGGAGUGGUAGUAGUUGAGAUUUUUGAUUUUAGGGAUAUUUUACUAUUUGCCUUAAUUAUAUUUUGUUCCAUGUUUGGAAGUGUGAGCUGUGUAUGUAGAACUUAGCAUUGUAUCCAAAUGAUAGCCAUUGUUUGGAUUUUGCUUUAAAAAUUAGUGUUUGAAUUUGAAAUGUUAGUGUUUUAUUAAUUUAUUUUGUCAUUUUGAAUGGUUUUUUAAAAAUUUGAUUUGGUCUUAUGUUUUGAAAGGGAGGAGAAUUGCAAGAGAGUCAGACAUAAGUUAGGUGUUGGGUCUUUUCAUGGUUGGAAGAGACUGAAAGUUUUUGGGAAUUUUCUGGUGUUUUUAAAUUGUCAUUUUACUUGUGGAGCAGUUUUUUUUUUUUUAAGUGAAUGUAAAAUUUAUAUACAGUGAAAUGCACAGACUUUAAUGAUAGAAUUCAUUUAGUCUUAAUAAAUUUAUACACCCAUGUAACCUACACUCCAAUUAAAAUAUAUAACAUUUUCAUCAUGCCUUUCCUUGUACCAUCUCAAGUUUAGUUUAUGAAAGUCUUUUGUUUUUAAGUAACUUGCAGAUGUCUAUUCUGAACGUGUACCUCCUUUUUGCUAAAGGAUGAUUCAUUUCCUCUUGGAAUAAAAAAGGUCAUCUUGUAAUGUCCAUAGUUGUGGUUCCUUCACUUUUUAAGUAGGUCAUUCUGAAGUGACUAUCCUAAUCUGGCGUUGUUUAAGAUCAGUUACAGGGUCCUGGGAUUAAUUAUAUUUCAUUUUCUUUCCACAGUUAAGUUGCUUUUACAGAAUUAACAGGUCUCCAAGAAAUAAUAAAAAGGUCAUUAUUGCUGUGAUUUGAGCUCAGCAUGGCUGUAGUCAUCCGUUUACUGGGGCUUCCUUUUAUUGCUGGGCCUGUGGAUGUUCGUCACUUUUUCACGGGAUUGACUAUUCCUGAUGGAGGAGUGCAUAUAAUUGGAGGGGAAAAGGGGGAGGCUUUUAUUAUUUUUGCAACAGAUGAAGAUGCAAGACGUGCCGUAAGUCGUUCUGGAGGGUUUAUCAAGGAUUCAUCUGUAGAGCUCUUUCUUAGCAGUAAGGCAGAAAUGCAGAAGAUUCUAGAAAUGAAAAGAACUGAUCACACAGGAAGAGAGCGGCCAGGAUCUGGGGCAUCAAGGGUUGGCUGCUUAAGUAAUUUUGUUGAAGAUGUUAAAGAAGAAGCAAGUAAUUCUGGAUAUGGCUCUCCGAUGAAUCAAGAUGCUGGGUUUCAUGCUAAUGGUACAGGACAUGGUGAUUUAAGGCCAAGAAAGACACGGCCAUUGAAGGCUGUGAAUCCUUACUUGUUUCUACGAGGUUUGCCUUACGUAGUAAAUGAAGAUGAUGUACGUGUCUUUUUUUCUGGUUUGUGUGUGGAUGGAGUAAUUUUCUUAAAACAUGAUGAUGGCCGAAAUAAUGGUCAUGCCAUGGUAAAAUUUGCUUCAUGUAUUGAUGCUUCAGGAGGUCUUAAAUGUCAUAGAAGUUAUAUGGGUUCCAGAUUUAUAGAAGUAAUGCAAGGCUCAGAACAACAGUGGAUUGAUUUUGGUGGUAGUUCAGUUAAGGAGGGUGACAUUCCUGUGAGAACUGAAGAACAUUCUCCACCAAGAGAAAUCACUGAUAGACAUUUUCGAAAACGAUCUCAUUCAAAAUCUCCCAGAAGAACACGUUCUCGUUCCCCUCUCGGGUUUUACGUUCACUUAAAAAACCUGUCCCUAAGUAUUAACAAAAGAGAUUUAAGGAAUUUCUUUAGAGAUACUGAUCUGACUAAUGAACAGAUUAGGUUUUUAUAUAAAGAUGAAAGAAGAACAAGAUAUGCCUUUGUGAUGUUCAAGACUCUGAAAGACUAUAACAGUGCUCUGGGUUUACAUAAGACUGUUUUACAAUAUCGUCCAGUUCUUGUUGAUCCAAUUUCUAGAAAACAAAUGUUGAAGUUCAUUGAAUGUUAUGAAAAGAAAAGACCAGCAUCAAUAGAGAAAGAGAAGCUUGGACGUGUUUCACAAAAAUACUCUCAAGAAGGCUACUCUGGCCAGAAACUGUGCAUAUAUAUAAGAAAUUUUCCAUUUGAUGUUACAAAAGCUGAAGUGCAGAAGUUCUUUGCAGACUUCUCUCUUGCUGAGGAUGACAUUUACUUGCUUUAUGAUGACAAAGGAGUUGGUCUGGGAGAAGCAUUGGUGAAAUUCAAAUCAGAAGAACAGGCCAUGAAAGCCGAACGUCUAAAUCGUCGAAGAUUCUUGGGGACGGAGGUAUUGUUAAGACUCAUAUCUGAAGCACAAAUGCAGGAGUUUGGUGUAAAUUUUUCCAGUAAGAGAAGGCAAGACCAUUCACAGUCACGUGAUAGAGAAGACCCUGCCCAUUCAUUUGACUCAAAUGACCCACCAGGAUACACAAGGGGCCAUUCUGUAAACUUUAGGCAUCAGCAGGAAGACGUGAGGCAGCCGGACAAUUUCAAGCAUGCCCAGGGGGAUUUCCAGCGCCCUGAGCGGUGCCCUCCAGAAGACCUCAGGCGCUCCCCAGAGGACCUCAGGCACCGGCGAGAGGGACAUUUCCGGAGGCCUCCCGAGGAGGACUUGAGACGCCGCUGGGAGGAUUUCAGGUACCAUCGGGAAGAGGGCUUACGUCACCCCAGGGAGGAGGACUGGAGGCGGCCACCAGAGGACGAUUUCAGUCCUCCCAGGAGGGACUUGAGACGAUCCCCCGAGGACUGGAGGUGGCCCUCGGAGGAAGACCGGAGGCGACCUCCCCAGGGCGAGUUCAGGCGGCCACUGGAGAAGGAUUGGAGGGGCCCCCCGGAGGAGGAUUGGAGACGACCCCCCGAGGCUGACUUCAGGCGGCUUCCCCAGGGGGAGUGGAGGCGCCGACCCAGGGAGGACCUCAGGCGGCCCCCGGAGGAGGAUUUCAGGCGGCUCAGGGAGGAAGACUUCAGGCGGACUCCCGAGGAGGAUUUCCGGUGUUCUCCUGAGGAGGACUUGCGGCGGCUGCCGCCCCUGGAACACCGGCGGCCCCAGGAGCACUUCCGGAGGCCGCCCCAGGAGCACUUCCGACGGCAGGAGCCUUUCCGGAGGCCGCCCCCGGAUCACUUCAGGCACCCCAUGGAGGAGGAUUUCAGGCGCCCGCGGGAUGAAGACUUCCGGCGCCCCCGGGAUGAAGACUUCCGGCGCCCCCGGGAUGAAGACUUCCGGCGCCUUCCGGAUGAAGACCUUAGGCACUCCCGUGAGGAGCACUUCCGGAGCCCCCAGGAGGAAGAUUUCAGACGCCCUGCUGAUGAGGACUUCAGGCGGCUCCCGGAGGAAGAGCGCGGGGAGGCUCCGGAGGAGGACUUGAGACUUCUGGACCAUUUCAGGCCGCCGGGGGAUGAGUUCCGGAGCCCACCCGAUGAUUUUAGAAGUCAUCGCCCUUUUGUGAAUUUUGGUCGCCCAGAAGGUGGCAAAUUUGAUUUUGGAAAGCGUAACGUGGGAAGUUUUCCUGAGGGGAGAUUUAUGCCUGAUCCAAAGUUAAAUUGUAGUUCAGGUAGAAUAACACCUAUUAAGAUAAUGAAUCUUCCAUUUAAAGCUAAUGUUAAUGAAAUUCUAGACUUUUUCCAUGGUUACAGAAUUAUACCUGAUUCAGUUAGGAUACAGUAUACUGAGCAAGGAUUACCUACAGGGGAAGCCAUUGUUGCUAUGAUAAACUAUAAUGAAGCCAUGGCUGCUAUUAAAGAUUUAAAUGAUAGGCCAGUUGGCCCGCGCAAGGUUCGGUUAAUUUUGCUCUAGCGAGCACUUUCGAAGUCGGAGUUACCUCUUCCCAGUAUUGAUGCAGUAAAAUGCUUUCAUGUUUUUUAAAAGUGUUUAUUUUAAUUAUCUAAUGAAACCUUUUAAAAUUGACCUGUGACUAGAACAAAUGUAAGUAGUAGAAUGUAAGUCUGGUUUUCUUUUGCUUGCAAAUUGUCGUUUUUUUUCUAAUUAAAAUUAUAUGGUUUUCUUUUGUUUUUUUGGUUGUUGAUUGGCAGUAGGGAAGAGGACUAAUUCCUUGAAUGCAUUAGUUUUUUUGUUGCUAUCCUGGGUAAACCUCAAGACCUGUAUGAAGUAGAGCUGUAUUUGAAUAAGAUACAUUUUAUAUUCACUUUUGUUUGCAUUCUGUAGUCUGCAUCUUUUACUAAAAAUGUAUAAGGAAAUGGUCAGUAACUGGUUGUUCAGGUUUAACAUUUUCAUGGGGACUGCCUGCAGAAUUAAUGCCCUCUUUCUUGUCUGAGAUAUUACUGUUAAGCUUCCCAUUAUCAAUACUUCAAAAUGAACAUACUGUGAACUUGAAAUUUACUUAUGUAAAAAAGUUAGGAGAUUCUUAGUUUCUAUGUUCAUAACUUGAAAAGUUUUAUAAAAAUAAAAAAAAUUAAAACUGGAGAGACCAACUAAUUAACUUGUAUUUGUAUAAAAGGUGAAAAGAAUUACAGCUUCUUUUGUGAAGUUUUUCAGCAGCUACAUUAAAUAUUUAUGUUAGUUCAGAGUGUUAUGUAUAGUUCUAUGAUUUCUUCAACAUCUCAUCAAACAAACUGAUAAUUUAACUCAAAAUACUUAAAAGACAAAAAGUAAUUGUAGAUUCAAGGAGACUUUCAGGCUUCUGCUGGGAACAACGGAUAAAUGGAUAUAGUUUGUGUUUCUAGGAAGAAUUUUCUGAUGAUCCAUAUAACUUCUAUUUACUCUUAGGUUCUCAUUUUUUAAAAUUCAAAACUUUGUAUCAAAAGACUUACUAAAUAUAAUGAGACUUAUGAGAUUGAAUUUUGACUUUGAUAUUCAAUAUUUAGUGUAGACAUUUUUGCAAAUACUGGAUUUGAUUUUUCUAUACCCAUAAUAAUAAUGGCUAAAAAAUACUGGGCACUUACUGUGUGCUAGGAAAUAUAAGUGCUUUACAUGCACGAUCUCGGUAUGAUAAGAAUCAUGAGUAUUAUUUACCCCUGCUUCACAAAUGAGAUAAUGAAGUUUGGAGAGGUUAAAUAAUACUUUAAAUCAUAGCUAGUAAAUCAUGGAGCCAGUUAGAACAGACUCACUGCUGACUUCAGUUCAUGUUCUUAACACUUUUGCCUGCUAACUUUGUUAAAUGGUACUUUAAAUUUUAGUAAGACGAUGCUAAAAAUAUUUUCAAGCAUGAGCCCUAUUUUCUUACUUCCAUUGUUUUAAAAAUAGCGUUAAAAAUAAAAAUUAGUAUUCUCAAACAUUGUUAAUAAACAAAGUAACUUUAAAAGUUUUUAUAUAUCGAGGGUUUCUCUUGUAUACUAACAUUACAUAUUGGCUUAUUUAAAUUGUUCAUUUUACCAAACUAAAUUUGAUUGUGGGCUUUUAUAGUUACAUAAAAGGAAGUUAAUUUUUUUAAUUCUGUGAUCCAGAGAUUAUCCACAUUGAGCAAAUAAGUAUAAAAUUUGAGUUUAUAUACUGUAGUUAUUUAGUAAUAGGGUAUUGCAGAAGUAGAAUAUAUUUCGUCAGUUAGUACUCUAAGUAUUUUGGAUUCAUCUUCAGUGAUUUAAAGUCAAAGGAAGCCAACUUUGUGUUUUGUUUUUUUAAUAGUGAAUAUCCUGCUUGCUGCUAGAAUGAGUAAACUGGUAAAUUUGUUUUAAAAAAAAAAGCACAUCAGUAUGACUCCUUAAAUUAGUAAGCUUUUAAGUAGCUAGGAAAAUGAUAAACUAAUACCCAAACCAAGCACAAUGAACAAAAUAGAUAUUUUUAAGUGCUAAAAGAUUAUAUAGAUGGUUCAUUUGACCAGCAUUCCUAAGGAAUGUAUGGGAGACAAAAACAUACUAAAUACAUACCAAAAGCUAAAAUGAAGCUUAAAAAGUGAAAUAUCACAAUGUGGAACUGCUGAAAGUAGGCUGGGGUGGUGUGAUAGUGGUAGCUGAGGCCAACAAUAGUAAACAUAAGCUUUAAAAAAAAAUCCUUACCGGAGGGUAUGUUUAUUAAUUUUAGUGGGGGGAGAGAGGGAGAAACAUCAGUGUGAGAGAGAUCAGUUGCCUCCCAUAAGUGUGCCUACCCGGGAUCAAACCCAUAACCAUUUUGGUGUUCAGGAUGCUCCAAACAACGGAGUCACCUGGCGAGAUGUAAACAUAAGCUUUGUAUUUAGAUUACAAAUGUAAGAUUAAUGAAUUGAUAUGAAUAAUUUUAUUCCAUAAUCUAUCAGUUUAAUAUAUUUAAAAAAUUUUUUAAAAAGUUUAUUAUACAAAGCUGUCUUCUAUUGGUUGGGAGCCAUUUUUUCCCAUCUUUCCCAGCUCUGCCUCCAGUGAUAUGUUAAUGAUUGAAAUUAGCCAUGGAGUUUUACAACAUGGAAAUUGGCAAAUGAAACAAAUCGGGGUGCUUUCUAUUCUAGAGAGCCAGCUUACCAGCAAACCACCAAAUUUCAAACACAUAAAAGAAUAAUAUGCUAAAUCCUCAUAUCCCCAUCAUCCAGCUUCAGUAAUUAUCAUCUCAUAGCCAGUUUUGUUUACUUUCUCUUAAUGUGAAAAAUACCAGUUACAUAUAGGAAGUAACCAAUCCCAUAACCAGUAGUUGGGUAAUCUUUUUAGGAGUCGACUUUUAUCAAUUACUGAGAACAUGGUCAAGAGCAGUGGUUCUUAGUCUGUAUAUCAUCUAUUAAGGAGUGACUCUGUCACCUCCAUGUUUGUAUUAAAUGUUAGCUAUCAUUUAUUGAGCUGCAUUAGGUAAUAUAUAUGUAUGAUCUGUAGUUAUAUAUGUGUUAACUAUAUCAUUUAAUCCCAGUAACCUAAGAACCUAAAACCUGUUUUGGAGAUAAGAAGUAGGCUAUGUAACUUGUUGAGGUGGUUGUUUCCUUUUUUACAAGAAGGCUAAAAGAGGUUUUAACAUUUUUAAAGAUUGUUACAUUUUAAAUGGUUGAUUUUUGUCUCUUGGCCCAUGAAUAUAAAAAAUUUACCAUCUAGCCUUUAAAGAAAAAGUUUGCCAAUCUCUAUUUGGUCUAAAAGAAACUUAAUUUUACAUUGAUGAAAGGUAUUAUCAUCUAUAGUAUCCUUUUGUCCUCAGAAUAUUUCUUUGAGGUAAGCAAAGCAUACAUUUUAUAUCAGAAUCAUUUGCUAAUUGCUUUAUAUAUCAGACACUGUUUUGACUUUACAGAAAGGGCAACUGAUGCUCAAGAGAAAGUGACUUGCUAUUGUAAGCAGCAAGAUAAAUACUACAACACUGUUUUUUUCCUCAAGUGCAACACCAAGAUUAAAUACUGGGACAUAAAAAUGCAAUAAUAUCCUCAAUUUCUUAAUAUCAAUUUAGGAUUUUAAAAUGUGUUGAAUAUUUUACAGUUCUUAAGUAACUUUACCACAUAGGACUAUUCUCAGGAAGCAGUGCUUUGUUAAGAACAGAACCAUGAAUAACAGUCAAAAAAGCUUUCUAGAAAGUCUUUAUUUUUCUGUAGUUUUCCCAAAUGACUAUAAAUUUCAUAGUUUUUAUAUGUUGGACUGGGACCCAUGAAAUAAAGUACAAUGUCCUAUCCAAAGAAACAAAAGCAGCAGCAUUACUGAAAGGCUCUGAUUAAACUGUUUUAAUUUUUCAGGAAUAAGUGAAAUAUUAAAACAAUUUUAUUAGAUGGUAAUUUGGUAGCAUUUUUCAUAGAAUGUUUAAUGACUUAUGGUUUUCCAUGCUUUCAUAGGCAACAUUUCACCAAAUUACAGGUUCCUGGAAGUUGUAGUACCACAACUUUAGUAUGAUAGUUUUGCUGUAAAACCAGAAUCAGGCUGAAUGUGGCUUACUUUAUAAAAAAGCUGAAAUAUAUACUGUGUGUAUAGUUGUAAAACACUGAUACCCUAGACUUCCAUUACUUUUAAUCAAGAGUGACUAUACUCUUGUUGAAAAGUAAAUUUAUGUAUUAAAUGAAGGAAUUUCAGGUUUUAGUAAAAGUGAAAAAAAGAAGAUGUCUUUUUGAUUAAGGCUUAAUGGAAUGGAAUUUGUGUCUUAACCUAAGAGAAGCCAGUGGAAUUGUUAAAUAUUUUUCUUUUUUGUCACCUAUUUACUAUUGCAACCUCAACUAGGUAAUAUAUAGUGCAUUAAUAUGAAAUACUUUUAAAAUACAUAGUCUUAAAAAAAAAAA